AUGAACAAGCAUUAACUUAAAAAUGGGGUCAAAAUUUUUCUCGUUGUUCAGGAAAGAUUAAGGAUUGGAAAUAUCAAUUAACUUAAAAAUAAGUUACAAGUUAAGAAGGAAAAAGCCAAAAAGCACUUCAUUGAUUUACUAGAGAAUUAGACCCUCUCUUAGGAUUGGGGCAUUUAGUUUAUAAAGAACAGAAAAUAUGAAAUCGAAUUGAUUGGUUUCAAAUGCACACUGAGUAAAAAUCAGAAUCAAGUCUAGAAAAGAUUUAAUAACAGAUGAAACAAAAUAUUUACAUGCCAAUCUACCUUUUCAUCAAACGAUAUAGAACCAAAAAUAAGAAAAACAUCCAAAAAAUUAAUAGCGAAUAUUUACUACUUCAGAACAAAAACCGCGAGGAAAGAUAUUACUGUAGAAAAAAUUAAUUGAAUACAUAACUAGAGAGUAAUACAAUUAAUACUUGUGACAUAACGCAAACUAAAAAUAAGCUCUCUUCCUAAUUAAUAAAGUAUAUAAAAUAUAUCGAAAAUCUUCAAGACAGUUAAUUUAAAUCAAAUAGAAAAAGAAUAAAAAAGAGGAAAAGAAAUCAGCAGGAGGUGAUAUUGAAAAAGAGUAAUCUAAUAAUUAAAUAUUUGACCCUGAAAGAGAUGCUUAACAAAAAUCAAUUUAAUAAAUAACUUUAUUUUUAAUUCAAAUCUCUACAGGUUCUAUAAUAAUAGAGAAAAUUUAUAGUAGGAUAGUUACUUGCUAUCUUAAAAUUAUUGAAUUUUACUUUGGAUAAAAUCUUGGCUAAAUUUCAGCUAAAGAUACUAAUAUAAUCAGUUGGGUUCUACAUCAUUAAGUUUGAUUUUUGUGAACCACAUACUACCAUUCAAUAUCUUGCAGAGUUAAAUAUUUUUAAAUUAAAUACCCCAUCUAUUUCUAAUCUUGAACUAUCCCAAAAAAAAUGUCACUAAAAACCUGAAUAACUCUUAAUUUAUUUAAAGGAAUGUCACAAGUUGCAAAGCAUGUUGCUCAUCGCUAAUUUAGAAAUGUUAGUUCUGGAAAAGGUGUGA